UUAUUGUGGGGGGGAGAGCUGGCUGACAUUAGUGUGGAGAUCAAUAUGCAUUCCCGGCUGGGGAACAACGCCGUGCACCCGGUAGGUUCAUCAUCUCAAAUUUUGUCCGGAAGACCAGCGCAGUCGCCAGCGGUGCCUUCUCAUCCUCCGCAUCAGCAAGUGUUAUCCGGCCAUUUCAGGCCGUUCAGGCGGUGGGUAUCAUGGUUGGUGCCGCUGUUUGUGGUUGCCAAUAUUGUUCUAUUUAUUAUUGCCAUGUAUGUCAAUAAUUGCCCCAAGAGCGAGGAGCCUUGCAUCGGCAAGUUUCUUGGGAGAUUCUCGUUUCAAUCCAUCAAGGAAAAUCCCCUUCUCGGUCCUUCCACUAUCACAUUAGAUAAGAUGGGAGCUCUAAAUUUGAACAAAGUGGUGCAUGAGCACCAGGCUUGGCGCCUCAUUUCUUGCAUUUGGUUGCACGCUGGGGUGUUCCAUGUAUUCGCCAACAUGCUGAGUCUUGUAUUUAUUGGAAUUCGCCUCGAGCAAGAAUUUGGGUUUAUCAGAAUUGGGUUGGUCUAUGUCAUAUCUGGUUUUGGUGGGAGUGUGUUGUCAGCUCUUUUUAUUCAGUCAGAAAUCUCUGUUGGUGCCUCUGGUGCACUUUUUGGCCUACUAGGAGGCAUGCUUUCUGAGCUGAUUACAAACUGGACGAUAAACAUUCAUUGCUCUGAACAAAACAUAUUGGCAGCAUUGUUGACUCUUGUUUUAAUCAUCAUAAUAAAUUUAGCAGUUGGAAUCCUUCCACAUGUAGACAACUUUGCCCAUAUUGGAGGAUUUCUUUCUGGUUUUUUGCUUGGAUUUGUGUUGUUAAUUCGGCCCCACUUUGGGUGGAUUAAGAAAAAGGCUUGUCCUCCAGGGUACAUUGCACCCCCUGCUAAAUCUAAACACAAGACUUAUCAGUAUGUGCUGUGGGUUCUCUCUCUGAUACUAUUGAUUGUUGGGCUUACUGUCGGGUUGGUUGCACUCUUACAAGGGGCAAAUUUGAAUAAUUACUGUUCUUGGUGUCAUUAUUUGAGCUGUGUCCCUACCUCAUUAUGGAGAUGCAAGCCAAAGACAGCUUUAUGUGAGAUGAGAGAAAUUGGAAAUCAAAUCAACUUGACGUGCUUGGGCAAUGGGAAAAGCCAGGUCUAUCCACUGCCAGAUGAUUUGCCUUCCCAGGUUCAGCAUUUAUGCACUCUGCUUUGCAGUUGAUGUGCACGUAUAGACGAGACAGUAGAGGGUUGGGUGAACUUCUUGUUUAACAAAAUUGCUGUAUAUGAUUCAUUCUGCAUCUGUGGCUGCAAAGGAAUGAAUCAAUUUUAUGAAAAUUAUUUUUUUUUUCCUUAUACAUUAUUUUCUGUAUUUCAAAUUGGCCAACUGCAAGUGCAACUGAAAGAACUGGUCCAUUAGUAGAGUAGAAACAACCUUGAUGUUUGAUUUAUCACACAAUUUACAGAAUUGUGCAUAACAAGUUAUAGCCGGUUGAA